AUGUCCAAAAUUCAGGAUACCGUUCUGAAGCGACAGGACGACAAUUGGCGCGAAAACGAGCAAGAUCAUAAACGAGUUCCAGCGAUCACCAAUGGCUUCAAAAACCCGGGAAAACCAAGCGUUGGCAACGUUAAGAAGGUGCUGGAGACAGCCGUAUUAGUGCCACCUAAUAGCGAGGAAGUGCGGAGAAAAUUGGCCCAGCGCAACAAGACUGGCAUGUGGGGCCAGAGUGGCGGGAGACUUGAGUACGCGAUGUAUAAGACGCUGCUAAGUGUGCUGCUGGUGAUCUACGCGUGCGUUCGAUACGCGCAAUACGAGUACAACCGCGUGAAGAUAUUGGUGCUGAAUCUGGCAUACAGCCCCUCGAACACGCCGCAAUUGAUCCGACAGGACGUGCUGAAAUUGCAGAAGCUGCCCAGGCGGUUAGCGGCGAUUUUGGAGAAAAAACGCGAGGGAGACGUCGGAGGCGGUGUUAGCGGUGUGCUGAACGACGGCAGCGAACUGGUAGCAUGGUCAGUGUCCGCAGGAAUCAAGCAUCUGAUCCUGUACGAUCACGACGGGCAUUUGAAGCGCAAUGUGGACGAUUUCCGUAAUAACGUUUCUCACAAACUAAGCAAAUUCUACGACCCUUCAAACGUGCCCAGAUUUGCAGUGCGCGUUCCCCAGUGGAAUAAAGUGUACUUUAACACGCCAGGCGCGGAGGUUGGCGCGGCGAAAAAAGUGGCCAUCGAGAUCUCUUUGCUGUCCAAUCGCGACGGCCGCGAAACCAUCAUUGAUCUCACCAGAACCAUGGCGGAACUUUGUGCCCAAAAUGAGAUGAAGCUGUCGGACAUAACCAUGAAACUGAUCGAUUCCGAGCUUACGCAGCUCGUGGGACAUGAACCUGACCUGCUGCUGUAUUUUGGACCCAGUCUCGACCUACAAGGUUUCCCACCCUGGCAUAUUCGUCUCACUGAGUUCUAUUGGGAGCAGGACAACGAUCAGGUCACGUAUUCCGUGUUUAUUCGGGGCCUGAAGAAAUUCGCUUCCUGUAAGAUGAACGUGGGAAAGUGA